AACAUCACCAACACGUCAAUACAAAUGCAGAGCCUGUCGCAUUGCCCUGCAGCCUGCAGCCACAUUCAUGGUGCCGGGUUGCUGGCCGUGUAGCACAUAGUUACCCACAGAGAAAUCGCCGGAGCAGAAUUUGCCCUCGUUUUUUGCGUGACAGUGCCUGUGGGUUUUGUGGCCUGAAAGAGACUUUGAGAUUCUACAAAGGUUGUGAUUGACUUGGUGUGGUACGGCAAAAAGUUUCAACGCAACCUGUCUCGUGAAACCGUGUUGCAAGAGCCAAGCCUUUUUGGCAAUGAUCAUGCAUGGGACGCACUUGUCCGCAUGGUGUGAAGAUCAUCUUCAACCAUGCCAAGCGACAAGGCCUUCAUUGAUUCAACACAUGUGAUGUGCGUCCUGGCCUUCUGCACCGUCGCCAGUCGACUGAUCGUCGCCGAGUCGUGCCGCCAAUCGUGAACCACACGGCAGAGAGUGGCCUGGUUUGGACGACUCGCUGACGAACGGUGGAGAUCUUAAGGUCCGAGUCCCGCACCCGGAGGGCUGUGUAAGAUCUCCAGUACUUUCGGUCGGGGUCGGUGCGAGACAUUGCACCUGAAGUUGCUGGAGCUGAUGUCUCAAAAGAUGCACCACCUGAGAUGCAGGGGCGGUUGAAAACCGCGCCCCACAAGAGCUGCACAUGGGCAGCUGUAUGGAGCUUUCAUCCAAGAGAAGUGUUGUUUUUCCAAGCCCCAGUUGGUUGAGCCCAGUGAUUCGAACAGGACUGUCAGCUCUCUCUUUUCCCAGGCCGUACAGGCCGUACCGAGCCCGGACUUGAAGGGAUGGGACUGUCAGCGCCGAAGCCACAAUGGAUUGGACGGUGCGUUCCAAGCACCAAGACUGCACGAACUUAGAUUAAAAGAGUCCAAUCCCAUGAAUCCCUACAUGCUCCCCUUCCUUGGGAGACCAGCUGCGUCCUGCUGUCAGCCCCGCUCCGCUGGCGGAGCCGCACACGGCGGGACCGCCCUCUUCGUGGCGGCCCUGGCCGAGCUUUGCCGUGCUGCGACCUCCGCGGAGGUCGACCGCAGCGAGGUCGAGGGAGUUGGAACGGUGAAGGUGCCGCGGUGAAGGUGCAGCGCUUCAGGGACCUUCGGCCGGUGGAAGUCCCUGUGGAGCGAAGAGAGCGAAUCGAUUUUGCAGAUUAAGACCACCAGGUGUGGCGAAUUAGACUUGGCAGAAUGAACUUGAAUCCGAUGAUGGUGCUACCACCAUUGCUGUUCUUGAAAGAAGCCUUUCCGAGCAACAUGCCGGAGCUAUUGGCAGCUUGAGAUAUAAACCCCAUCCUUCCAAGCCUUUGACAGUGAGUUUGGGUAAAGCUGAUGAGAUGAGUUGACCUGCUCAACACAGAUCCACUCGUCGCCGUCGAGAGACGCCCUCCGAGGUGCGAGAAAUAGUUGGUAAGAAUGAACAUGUCGACCGCCAUCACGCCUUGUGAACACCUCAUACCGCCGUGUGAAGGUCCCGGCGUCACGCCACGAUGACGGCGGUAGGCCUCCCCCGUGCGCCGGUCCGUGCGAUGACGACGGUGUGCUCACGUCGUGGGAACGGUCACUGGCUCACCGCCUCACCAGACGUACCUGGGUCAGCCGUCUCGGUGGCUUCGUUGCACCCAAAGCGUGGAGGGCGAGAGGAAGGGUAGACGGGCUCUGGUUGAGCUGCUCGAUGUGUUUUUGUGGAUUUAGCAGGACCUUAGUGAACUCUAGGGCAGGUGGAGCCGAGUGGUGGUUUGUGAGAUACUCUUGGUAAAAUCAUGGCCAUCCCAACGGGAGUCCAGCAAAAGAAAGGCUACUAAUCAAUUGACCCAGAAGCUCCACCCGUUGAUUGCGGAUGUGGGGGUGUGACUUGGUGUUGGCGCCCAUCACCUGAGCCUUGCAAGCACUGUUGAGCUGUUGUUCCAAAGAGGCCCCAGUGAGCUUGGAAGUGGGCAGAUCUCCUAGCCAGGAGUCACCCCAAACAGUGGCUUGCAAGAGGUGCUCCCAAGGAUCUAUUAUAUCUAUUAUCACCAGAUUGCCCUCAGAACAAAGGCGGUACGGCGUAGCUUUGGGAGUUGGCGCUUGUGCCGGAGCACAGCUGCUUAAGAGAGGUUAGGGAUGCUUCAUGGAGGUAGUCGGGGUGCCCAUGACCCACUCACCCCGACAUGUGACUCCUGGGCCUCCUGGGUAGGAGUCCUUUAAAGCCACCGGAACGGCGGCGGCUCUUUUGCCCGAAGACUCGGAAGACCUCCGCGGCGCGGGGGUGCUGAAGGCACCUCCGGUUCCGUCACAGGUUCCGUAAAACAGACUUAGCCUGGACAGUCACCUGAAAAAAAUAGCACUCCCGCAAGUGCUGCCAGGUUGUGUGUAGGCUGUGCAUGUGUCAAAUGGCACCAAGUUCCAAGUGCCUUGGCUUGAAGUUGUGGCUUGAUAAGGAGUUUUUGGAUGGAAGGUUGUUGGAGUCGCACCGAUGAAGGCUGGCUCCUUCCAAAGCUUUUUGCUGGCAAUUCACUUUAGCAACCGUGAAGACAAGAGCAACUCCUGCUGAGUCAUUUUUGGCAGAGCAACAUAUGUUUUGACACGGCCAGGGCGCCGUGGUCGAGCUGUUUGCGUGAGGUCAGAUACAGGCAUGCAAGACACGGAUUUGAGAGCUGCAGUUUGAGAAAGACUCUCAAAGUCAUCUAGACUAAGCCUGCCUGCCUUUCAGGGACAGGCUCAGCUAGUCGUCGACAAGUGUUGAUCAGAAAUUCCCAGCUGCGGAAUAGGCCAAGACUCCGUUAAGGCAGCUCAUGGGAAUUGUGGAUGUUGCUUUGAAAGGAUGAGAAGUUGUGAAAGGAUGAGACGAAGAAGGCCCUUUCCAAGAGGGUCUACACAUUAAAGCUCAGACAGUUUCGUUUUUUCAAUGAAUGGAUCCAGUUUUUGUCAGACUGGCUUGGACAGUCAAAAACCCACUUUCGGGGGCCAGAAACAAGGUCAAGGUACCACGUGAGUGAAGGUGCUUGGCCAAGGUGCUCCCCAAUCUCCCCUAUCCACCAUUCUCAGAGCCACUCUUGACUGGAGACACUUGCAUUGCUUGUGUCGCCACUGGGAUUUCCCAUUUGGCUGUGCGGUUGUCGGAAGGGAACAUGGCUUGAUGAGAAUCAACGGCAUUCUUUGCGCGAGUUCCCCGUGGCCGACAGGGUGCGCGCGUGCGGCCACCAACAUGGCGGGGAGUGUGAAGAAGAGGUUGAGCUGCCAAGGAAUGCAAAAAGACUUGGUCUUAAAGGCUUAAAGCUAAGACUCCAACCGUGGAUGGAUUUGCCUUCGCUUCAGAGCUUGGCAGUGGCAUUUUGUUCCCUGAUUCUAUCUGAAAGACACGAGGCAGCUGUGCAGUGCGCCAAGGAAUGGCACGGCAAAGUCCAUCGGCCGUUGAUUGUAGAGGGAUUCAGUUAUCAAAGAGGAUAGUCCCACCAGUAAUUCUAAGGUUGGGUCAUUAGGAUAUUACCUUGACAGUAAAACCCCUGACAAGAGCAUGUGAGUGGUGGAUUUUGAGCAUGCCGUGGGCUUGAGCGAGUCUGUUGAUCGUGCGAAGGAGAGGAGCUUCGUAGUGAUAUCGACCACAACAGAUGCAACAUGAUAAGCCCUUGUUGGCAGUUGGCAGUGCAGAAGAUGCAAUGGGUUGCUUAUUGAACAGAUAGCUUUUGACACCCUCCCGGAGGUUGAUGUCACCUGCUGGCAAAGGGUGAUGUUGUUAGGAGACAUGCUGUCCAUGUACAGUGAGGCUGUUAGGUGAGAUUGUGAUUCCCACUCGGGGAAGGACAUGGAGCCCGAUCUUGAGGCACAAGAAUUUUGCCUAAAGUUUUAAAAACCUGAAGCACUCACAAAGAUCUUAACCGUGAAGUAGUCAACUUAAACUAUCCGAUACCUUGACGAAAAGUUCAGCCCUUCCCUUGGCGUUCUUGAAGGAUAACCUCAUCCAAUUUCUUUCAUAGUGCAGAUAACUUAAACUGAUGUGUGUCAUCCACAUCCAACGUCGUCCAACGCUGCGGCUCCGGCAUCCUAAGAAUCGCGCAAAAGAACGUGGUUUCGUUGCCACAUCCCAGUUCCAUUCCCAGUCAGACGCAGAAAAAAGAUGAGUGGAAACCAUUUCACGCAACGUCGCGAUUGAGGUCUGACUGUUGACUCUUGGCCAAAAUUGACUUCUCGAUGCCCUGAACACACAGCUGAUUCUCAGCUCUUGAGCUUGAUGCUUCACCCAGCUUGAGCGGAAGCAAGGCAACAUACCUGGUGCACGCCACAAACCCAGCCUUCCCAUGGAGGGGUGUCGUUGGUCGAUGGGUGGAGGUGCUGAGCCGUGGUGCAGGUGCUUGCCGGCACCCUGCGCGCGCCCGCCGAGUUGCGGCGGCUGGGCCCACCUGUGUAGGCCCGGCCGCGAGCCAACGUUUGGAGGCCGCUGAGGUGCACAGUGAGAUGCCCCUUUUUUCGUCCCUGCACUCGCUGGACGACGCAUCCGAGAGUGAGAGUGAUGAUGCCACGGGGCCGCCAAUGGACACCUAUUGGAUGGAAGGAGGCGAGUUCCUGUGGCAGGCACGACGAGAUCGGUUCCUGAUCUGGUGCCCUGGUGCCCUGGCGGCCGCCACCGCCCACCGGGCCAAAGUGCAUGCCUUCCAUGAAGCUCACGCUGAUGGCCUGGGCCUCGCUGGGACUGUGGAGCUGCACUUUGCAUCUCGUCCAGAGCUGCAUGCCAAUGCCAACCACAGGCGCCCACCGCAUGGUACGCCUGACACCGUUGCUGCGAGCUGCGGUCGGACGUCACCGGGCGAGCGCCGCCGGCGGGUGCAUCGGCUGGUCGCCCUGACCAUCGAUUCGCAGCUCUGACCACGGCCGACCUGGUCAUCAUACCGUGUCGACCUAUAGACCGAGCUCGAUGCGAGUUGGAUGCGAUGGGAGUCUUUGGAAGAAAUGACCGGCGGUGGUGCCGAUCGACCUUCACCUCCGUAUGACCUGCACCUCAGUCCAAACGACCCGAGUUGACCGUGAGACACGAAUCAGGUGUCACACUGGUUCUUCAAACUUUAUUGCUUCAGCCUGCUUCAGCUGGAGCUUCGCUUCGCCCCACACCCUGAGCCCCAGUGCUUCGUUUGGCCCGCGGAACGUGGCUCCGCACGGGGUUCCGUGGCUCUCGUUGGAUCUAAGACCGAACUUGUCUCGGC